GCAUUUCCGGGUCGUCCGCCGAGCUCUGCGGUUUCGCGGCGGCCGAAGAAGUGGUCGGUGAAGUGGGAACCUCCUUCCUGGCCACUUGCCGCGCCGCUUCUGUCCGCGCCGCGGCGGGAAGCGCCUUCCCCACAGGCACACCAUCCUCUGGGCGGAUGCUCCACAAGUACUGAAAUCUAACAGAAAUGGAAAAUAAAGGGGCUGGCAGGCAUGCACAUGUGAACUAAAGAUUCCCUGGAUCAUGAUUUCACAACAAGAUAUCAAUGCAAGCCUGAAUAAGAAGAGCACUUUCUUCCUUCUGAGCCAUGGCAUAUCAAUUGUACAGAAAUACGACUUUGGGAAACAGUCUUCAGGAGAGCCUAGAUGAGCUCAUUCAGUCUCAACAGAUCACCCCUCAACUUGCCCUUCAAGUUCUACUUCAGUUUGAUAAGGCUAUAAACUCAGCAUUGGCUCAGAGGGUCAGGAACAGAGUCAAUUUCCGGGGCUCUCUAAAUACGUACAGAUUCUGUGAUAAUGUGUGGACUUUUGUAUUGAAUGAUGUGGAAUUCCGAGAGGUGACAGAACUUAUUAAAGUGGAUAAAGUGAAAAUUGUAGCCUGUGACGGUAAAAAUACUGGCUCCAAUACUACAGAAUGAAUGGAAAAAUGGCUCUUUUUUAUGCCAUCUUCUGUUGUUACUCAUUGCUUUUUGAAAAGAAGCAUAGAAGAGACUUUUUUUAUUUAUUCUAGCACUGCAGAAAUGACUACACUGUGCUAUACGCAGAAUUCCAGCAAAAAGAAGCUUGUAACUGUAGCCUCUUACAUUACCUUUAUUAUACAGCAUGAAGAAUAUAACUUUUUUUUAAUGACAAAUCAAAAGUUGUUGCCUUCCUAAGAACAUUCUUUAAUAAACUCAUUUUAAAACUCAA